GUUGUGAAAGAGAAACAGAGAGACAGUGUGAAGAGAGAAGCCAUUGGUAAAGCGCUUUCUCUUUUUCUCUCUCUUUUCCGCCAUUGUCAAUUUGAUUCUGUUCUGAGCUAAGAGAAGAAAUCUUCACUUCCAGUCACUUCUCCAUCUCUGGUUUUUGACGUCUCGAUGUGGAGUUAGGGUUUCGGUACGCUUGAUACCAUUUCUUGGAAUUUGGAGAUUUGGAUUCUGCUGCUGCUGGUCUAUUCCUCGGAGAAGCUGGAGUUUUUGUACUGGUAGGUAUUUUUCUUCUUCCUGUUUUGUGUAUUGGAUCAAAAUUCUGAGAUACGCUUGAUUGCUUGGGGGAUUUUGAGGUUUAUUUGCCUGGAUUUGAGGGGGCAAUGUUAGAAUAGUCAUUUGAGAUUUUGUUGGUUUGAAACUGUUCUGGUUAGAGUAAUUGGUUAGACAGUGAUGUCUAUGAACAAUAAUAAUCCGCCGAAGAGCCUUGGAGGGACUUCUUCAUCGCCUUAUGGAAAUUCUGGUAUAGUUCCACCGUCUAUGGCAGCAAACGCCACAUUUUCUCAGCCGCAAGCUCAAUUAGGAGCUGGGUUUCAAAAUCCAUUUCAGCUGUCCCCUGCUCAGGUUCUUGCUCAAGCUACAUUAAAGGCGCACGCUCAUGCCCAAGCUCAAGCACAAGCAGUUCACGCGCAGUUUCAAGCUCAGCUACAAGCUCAAGGGCUGUCUUUAUCUCAGAGCCAGAAUGUUGGUGGUGGGAACAUGGGAUCUCCUUCACCAGGAUUUUCCACACCCGGUCUCGCUGGUGCAAAGCGGAUUCCUCAAAAGCCACCAGUUCGGCCUCCUAUUCUUUCUCCUGGUACCCCAUUUUCACCAUUGAAAACAAUGGAACUCACGCCUGCUGCUCGUAAAAAGAAGCAGAAGCUACCUGAGAAGCAGCUUCAGGAUAAAGUUGCUGCAAUUUUACCUGAAUCUGCUCUCUACACUCAGCUGCUCGAGUUUGAGUCCCGUGUCGAUGCUGCUCUUGCAAGAAAGAAAGUUGACAUCCAUGAAGCUCUUAAAAACCCGCCUUGUAUCCAAAAAACUCUUCGAAUUUAUGUCUUCAACACAUUUGCAAAUCAGGUUAACACAAUACCCAAAAAACCAAAUGCCGAUCCUCCUACCUGGACCCUUAAGAUAAUAGGUAGGAUCUUGGAAGAUGGGAUAGAUCCUGAUCAUCCUGGGGUGGUACAAAGAUCAAACCCUUUGUACCCAAAAUUUUCAUCUUUCUUCAAGAGAUUAACUAUUUCCUUGGACCAGAGGUUAUAUCCAGAUAGUCACAUCAUAGUAUGGGAGAAUGCUCGAUCACCGGCACCUCAUGAGGGCUUUGAGGUGAAAAGAAAAGGGGAUAAAGAAUUUUCGGUUAACAUUCGGUUAGAAAUGAAUUAUAUUCCAGAGAAAUUUAAGCUGUCGCCUGCUUUGAUGGAAGUUCUUGGUAUUGAAGUUGAUACUCGCCCAAGAAUAAUAGCGGCAAUCUGGCAUUAUGUAAAGGCUAGGAAACUUCAGAAUCCCAAUGAUCCAUCUUUCUUUCAUUGUGAUCCACCUCUCCAAAAGGUAUUUGGGGAAGACAAAUUGAAAUUCACCAUGGUUUCGCAGAGAAUAUCACAACACUUGUUCCCUCCACAGCCCAUACAUCUGGAGCAUAAGAUUAAGCUUUCUGGGAAUAGUCCAGCGGGUACAGCAUGUUACGAUGUGUUGGUUGACGUCCCUUUCCCAAUUCACAGGGAAUUGUCUGCUCUAUUAGCCAAUGCAGAGAAGAACAAGGAGAUCGACACAUGUGACGAAGCAAUUUGUACAGCUAUAAGGAAAAUUCACGAGCAUCGUCGGAGACGUGCUUUUUUCCUUGGAUUCAGUCAGUCUCCUGUGGAGUUUAUUGAUGCCUUGAUUGAAUCUCAAAGCAAGGAUCUCAAACUUCUUGCAGGAGAAGCUAGUCGAAAUGCUGAUAAGGAGCGCCGGUCAGAUUUCUUCAAUCAACCAUGGGUUGAAGAUGCUGUCAUCCGGUACAUAAACCGAAAACCCACAGCAGGGAGCGAUGUACCUGGAAGUACAUGACUGGAUUCUUGUUGAGCUGCUAUGGAUUGCCAUUUUUUGUUGGGAUUUUCAUUGGAUUAGCAUGCUAAGAUACAUGUAUGACACCCUUUAGUUUAGUAGCAAACACCGGAUGGUUGCGAUGCCGUGCAAAGGCUUCAUUAACGCACAUGGUAUGUGAAUUCCAUAAAACUCGCUCUUUUAGUCCAAGCAAGCUUUAAUCAUCAAUUAGCUGGUGAUGCCAAUGCUUCAUUAACAACAUAUGGUUUCUUCAUAGUCAUUUUCUUAGAGCACCCUUUAUUGUAGUAUGGAAUAUUUCUUGUAGUCGAAUCUGCAACCAUAUAAAGUUGAGAUUUUUUCUGGUAAAGCAUUGUGUAGAUGAAAGUUCAUGAUGAUUUGUCAAUUAUUCCUUGAACAAGUAGUUUGUAAUCUAAAUAUCAUGUUUCUUGAUACUUGGAGGAGGUGCAACUAGAGAAAUUCGAGAUCGGCGAUCUGUGUCUUGAUUAGAUUGACACGAUUUAAUACUAUUAUCUUA